AUGUCCGAGUCCCCGCGAAUCGACGUGACCGGCAACGACGACGACGACGAGUUGUGCUGCACCAACGACCGGAGCCCAACAACCGGUGCCGGUAACGGACCGAUGACGGCGGCCGCCUGUAAGACGAUGAUGAUGGCGACGGCCGCGGCCGCGAUGACGACGGGCAACGGCGGCGGUGGCGGUGUCGGUGGACGCGAAUCGCCGGCUGUCAAGUCGGCCGCACCGCCGUACACGUCGUUUUCCAUUUCGAGCAUACUCAGCAAGGACAAACCCGGCGGCGGCGCCGGCAAACAGCACAGGAGCGUGGGCUCCACCGUGUCGCCGGCCACCGCGGCGGCCGCGGCGGCUGCAGCGGCCACUUUCGACGUCACUGCGCAUCUAGCGGCCGCCGCCGACCAUGCUAUGUUAUCCAGUAUUUCUGUUAAAAGUGUUAAUGUUGGUAAAUGCAUUGGGGACGUGGGGAGAGAUGAUAUAGGCGGAUCGAGCUCGGCGAACGAAGAGAACAGCCGACCCAGCACGCCGCACAGCGUGGGGGUCAACACCGGCGGUACGUCGUCGUUGGCCGGCCACAGUCCGGACGGAUGGUCGACAGGCGAGGACGGCGGUGGUGGCCGCGGCCCCGGGUCGCCCAACCACCAGCGGCGGUUCGUUGGCAACUGCGGCGGCGGUGGCCGUUACAUGGACCAGUCGGUGAACGCGGCCGCGUCCAUGGACGACGACGACGACAUGGCAGACGACGGUCCUGACGACGAUGACGCCGGUAAAAAGGACCACGGUGGGUGCGGGACCGGUGGCGGUGGUGGAAGCGGAAGCGGCGGGGCGGGUGGCAAGCGGAAGAAGAAGACCCGUACGGUGUUCUCCCGGAGCCAAGUGUUCCAGCUCGAGUCCACGUUCGACAUCAAGCGGUACCUGUCCAGCUCGGAAAGGGCCGGGCUGGCCGCGUCUCUGCACUUGACCGAGACCCAGGUGAAGAUCUGGUUCCAGAACAGGCGGAACAAAUGGAAGCGUCAGGUGGCGGCCGAGAUCGAGGCGGCCAACAUGGCCCACGCGGCCCAGCGUCUGGUGCGCGUGCCCAUCCUGUACCACGAGUCCAGUCAGCAGUCAGCUGCCGGCCAUCAUCACCAUCACCACCAUCAUGGUGGUAUAGCCGCCUCGGUGACCACGGUGGCCGGUGGUGGUGGUGGUGUUGGCGGAGGAGUCGGCGGCGGGGGUGGAGGCGGCGGWGGCAGUGGUGCACAGACGCCGCCGCACACGUCCGCGUCCACGCAGGCGUCCGCGUACCAGCCUCAGCAGCCGCCACCGCCGCCGCCGCCGCCGUCGCUGUUCUAUCACCAUCAGCCGCCGCCGCAACACCACCACGCCGUCAGCACGUCCACCAUCACGCACACCAUGUCCAGCAGCCCUAACGCGGUGUCCAGGGCGCCGCUCACCGGACUCGUCUAAAUAAUAUUAUUAUUACGUCAUCGUCGCAGUACGAGUGACUCGCCGCUCUUCACAUAUUAUUACCUCUUAUGCAUUUCUCUCUCAGCCGUCUCCCACGUUUUUAUAGCAAAAAUAAUAUAAUAUAAUUUAUGCGUUGUGAGUUCUCAACCAGUGGGUGUGGGUGGGUGUCUAUUGUGGGUUGCCAUCGACCACCACUAUAAUAACACGCGUUGACGACUAGGUAUAUACUUAUAUAUUUUGUAACCUAUAUAAACGUGUGCACGAAGAUGUAAUAAUAUCAGCUGAUUCGGGGGGGUGUUUUAUCGAGAAGAAGAUUGGUUGAGAAUUAUCACUGGCGUACCUUAUUUAUUGUAAUACGAUGCCUCGUCCCAAUGUUUUUCGUACAUUUUUCUAUAUUCGUGAAUAAUCGCCUAUAACUGUAGAAAGUGCCCUGUCAAGUCCAUAUCUAUAUAUUACAUGAUUAUCGAUUUUGAUUUAGUCAGGAUUUAAUAUUUGUUUAGUCUAAACAGUUUAGAUACUCAUUUAUUACGUAUGGUUAACAAAAUACGUCCAUAACGAGCUUUUUUGUCUCCAGUAAAAAAAAAAAAAAAUACAAAGAUUCGGUAUAUCUUAAUGGCCUUUCUGCACAGUCAAAACGAUUCAAGCGUACCAUUUGCAUUCAGAUCAAUUAUUAUUAUAAUAUAUUAAUUAAAUUUUCGUUCAUAUUAUUAUAAUUCACUGCAGUUUUAUUAAUACACACACACACAUAUAUAUAUAUAUAUAUCGUGUUAGGAAUCGACUGCUGUUGUACAUACUCGUAGGACCGCCUCGAUACGAUAAUAUUAUUUUAUGUUAUAAUAUUCGUAACAACGCAAUAAUAAUAAUUAUUGUUAAUCGUUAAUAUUAUUAUUAUGGCCACGAUAUCAAUUUUUAGUCGUUUGAAUAAAAAACAAAAAAAAGUUUUUAUUUUUAAUUUAAUAAUAUUMAACUAUUGUACAUAAUAACAUAAUGGGU